CCCUUGACGAACACGCGAAGUAUGCCAGUAUCUGGGGGACUCGACCGCCCCUUUUCGGCCCUUCAGGAUGGAGGUGGCCACCGGUGUUUCUGUCGUGAACGCGGCGUCGGAAGGCGAUCUGGCCCAUCCAUGGUUGCGCACCACCAACCAGGUGCUGGCUGCAGCUGGCAUGGCCCUCUGCGUCGGUCUGCUCACCAUGCGAAUCUAUACCAAAGUCCGCAUCAUGGGGAAGUUCUGGUGGGAUGAUAUCUGUUUGAUUCUUGCCUGGGUCUUUUCGGUCGGAACCCAGGCCGUUAUUCUCUAUGGUUACAACCAUGCAGGCUAUGGCGUCCACAUGUGGCACCUGACUGCCCCUGUUCUCGAGCUCUAUGCGAAGACCAUCCUCGCUGGCACGAUCAUCUACCUCCCUGCCCUGGCCACCGCCAAGUUUGCCCUGCUGAUGCUCUACUAUCGACUGGUCAGCAUGAUCCGUGUCUGCAAAUAUAUCAUUUACCUUGUCACCUUUAUCAUUGCGGGCUACACCAUCGCCAUCACUCUCUCUCUGAUUUUCGCCUGCCGCCCCAUUGCCAAAAACUGGGAUGUGAGCAUCACCACCGGCCACUGCAUCAAACGGACCGGAUUCUAUCUCGCCACGGCAAUCACCAACACCAUCAGCGACGUUAUGUUGAUUCUCAUCCCUAUCCCGAUUGUCUGCCGACUCCGACUGCCCCUGGCCCAGAAGCUCGGGAUCGGCUGUAUGUUUGGUAUCGGCUGUCUAACCAUCAUCACGAGUAUUCUCCGUCUGGCGACUCUGAUGCCCCUGGUAACGUCCAAAGACCAAUCGUACAAAAUAGCCGUGGCGAUUAUCUUCGUUAUUAUCGAAGCGAACUUCAUAAUCAUCUGCGGCUGUCUGCCAUAUCUGAAACAAUUCCUCCGCUUCCAUGCACCCCGAUGGAUCGGCGACUCCAGCGGCAGCAGCGAGUACCGAGAUCAGGAGUCUUCCCACUCUACGCCGUCCAGCAAGAGACGAAAGCCUGGGUUGAGCGUGCUGCAGGAUGACAUUGAACGUGCACUCACCCAACCAGAGGAGGCACACUGUGCCUGUGUGCUUGGGGGGCGAUAUACCAGCAGUGAUGAAAUGCAGGAGCUGAUCCGAAGGCCUAGCUAGUAUACCCAUGUCUCACUUGACGUAUUUCAGACCACGAUAAGCUACAAUUAGCAAUGAU